AUGUGGGACAAACGUGAUGACAACACCGACUACUCCCAAAACACGCUCGAUGCGGCCGCAACAGCCUCAACGGCAACGUUUGUCACUGCGUUUGCAACCAACGCGGCUGUCGCUGGCGCUCAGUUCCUUGCAUGGAUAAUUAUUCGUGGGUGGAUCAAGGCAGUUUAUGAGCCUCGGACAUACAUCCCCGCGCGUGAUAAGCAAGCCAAGCCACUGGGCAAGAACAUCCUCAAGCCAAUCUGGACGAUCAUCACUGCCGACCCCAAGGACAUCUUGAGAAAGAAUGGUGUCGACACCUACCUCUUCCUCCGCUUCGUGGCGAUGCUUUGUAAGGCCCUCGUACCCAUCUGGUUCGUGUCCUGGGUCAUCCUCAUGCCCGUCAACGCGGCGCGCAUGAGUACAGGCAUGGACGGCCUGGACCAGUUCACCUUUGGAAACGUCGCCAAGAACCAGCAGAAUCGAUACUGGGCUCACAUUAUCCUUAUUUACAUGUUCAACGGGUGGUGGUUCUACCUCAUCUGGCGGGAGAUGGCACACUGGCUCGAGAUCCGGCAGCAGUACCUCGUCUCGCCAAUGCACUCGAAGCUGGCGCAGGCGAGUUCAAUCUUGGUCACCGGCAUUCCCGAGCACCUCAUGGAGGAGCGGGCACUGGCAAAGCUGUUCUCACACCUUCCAGGCGGUGUGAAGCGCAUUUGGCUGGUCCGCAACCUUAAGCAUAUGCCUGACGUAUACGACCGUCGCGAGACUGCGUGCAAGGUCCUCGAGACGGCACAGGUCGCGCUCAUCAAGAAGGCCCAAUUGCGCAAGAACAAGCUCAGCCGGGAAGCCAAGAAGGCGACUCACAAGGGCCGUCCUAUCCCGGAGCAUUGUACUGCUAGCGCCAACCCUCCCAAUGAGGAUGGAACGCCGCUCUCCCUCGCCGACGAGCUUGUGCCCCGCAAGGACCGUUCCUUGCAUCGCAUCAAGCCGAAAUGGGCGCCUUUCGGACUCGGGUUUUUUGGCAUUGGGAAAAAGGUCGACGCCAUCGAGUGGGCACAAAAGGAGAUUGUCGAGUGCACUGCAAUUCUCAAAGAGGAGCGCGAGAAGCUCGCAAGAGACAUUGACACGCCUGGAUUCAGCAAUGAGAACUACCCCGCUAGAGCGUCCGCAUUCAUCCACUUCAACCAGCAGAUCGCCGCGCACAUGGCAAAGCAGUGCCUGACCUACCAGCAGCCGUUCCGCAUGAACUAUCGCUUCAUCGAGCAGUCGCCUGAGAAUGUCAUAUGGGGCAACAUGAGGCUCAACGCGUACGAAAUCAACGUCCGCAGAGCCAUUUCGUACGCGAUUACGGGCGGCCUCAUCUUUGCAUGGGCCCCGCUUACCGCUCUAAUCGGUGGUCUCGCUAACGUCGUGACCCUCGUUGAAAAGUGGAAGUGGCUCUCGUGGCUCAUUGGUGACAGCUUUGGCAAGCAGCUUCUCCAGGGUAUCUUCACCGGUAUCAUUCCUCCAGUCCUUCUUGCGCUUCUCACCAUGAUCUUCCCGGCUAUUCUGCGUAUUCUGUCGACCUUUCAGGGGACGGUGAGCAAGACAGAGGUCGAGCUUGACGUCAUGGGCCGCUACUUCGUCUUCCUCGUCAUCCACGCUUUCUUGAUCACGACGCUGGCGUCUGGUCUCGUUGCAGCCAUCAAACCAAUCAUGGACAACCCGGCUUCGAUUGCAUCGAUUCUCGCCUCUAAUCUCCCGACGGCCUCUACGUUCUUUAUCACUCGUAUCCUCCUGCAGUUCACUGGCCUCGUCGGCAACCUCCUUCAGCCGGUUACGGUUAUUCUCUAUUACGUUCGUGUGAUUCUCGGCGGCAGUACUCCCCGAAAAAUCUUCAACUCCCGCUACCAGCUCGAGGAGCCCGAGUUUGGCACAGAGUACCCAAACGUCACUGUCUAUGCCAACAUCAUGAUCACGUACAUGAUCAUCUCACCUGUCAUCAACGGCUUCGGCGCCUGCUUCUGCAUCCUCGCGUACUUUGUGUACAAGUACCUCUACCUAUGGGUCAUGGACCUUCCACCGUCGGCCGACACGGGUGGUCAGUUCUUCCCCAAAGCUGUCACCCAGAUCUUUGUCGGCUUCUACAUCCAGGAGGUCUGUCUCUGUACCCUCUUCUUCCUUGCCCGCAACGAGCAGAACAGGGUUUCUGCGCUCCCGCAGGCCAUUCUGAUGAUCGUCCUGAUUGUCAUCACUGCAGCUUUCCAAUGGCUCAUCAAGACUAUGUACAAUCCUCUCCACGUCUCCCUUCCUCUGUCUAUGGCGGACCUGUCGUAUGGCAUGCCCGACGCGAAUAUGGAACUCAAGCUCGCCGAGUCCCGCGACGAGAUUAUCCCCCAAGCUGACCAGGAGAAGCAGCUUAAGUCCGAGGACGUCCGCUGGGACGACAACGCGCAGAAGUGGACGGAGGGAGCAAGUUUGGGUGACGACGUGGAGUGCACCACAUCGACGACUUCUGCAGGCGAGUCGACAUCACCCUGCAACGUGACGCCCGAGAAGAAGCCGUCGUAUAGCGAGGACGAUCCACACCCGCAGCCGUUCCCUCAGCAACAGACUGAGUCGUUCGAGCUUGCGGAGAUGGGUGACACCAAGCGGACAAGGAGCCGGUCACGCCGCAGCUCACGCAUCUCUCUGCGGCGCUUGAGUAGAGUCUACGACGACGAGGAGCCCGAAGAGGAUCCCGAGGCCCAGUACUUUGCGCUUCCCGGUGGACCUGGCGUCAUCAUCCACAGUGAGGAUGACGCUGACGACCCGAGCGCCUUCUUCCACCCAGCGACCAAGGAACCUCAGACCCCGAUCUGGCUCCCUGUGGAUGAACUUGGCCUCGGUCGCAACCAGAAUAGUGCCAACCUCGCUUUGGGCGUGAGGUCGAGCACGAAGAACGCUACAAUGGGUUCCAAGGUGAAGCUGGGUCAGGUCAAGAUCAUGGGCGUGCCGCCCGAGUAG